AUGUUCUUAUUCCUACAAAAAUCGGUUAGGGCUGUGCAUAACAAGUUUGAUAACACGCUUGUUGGUUAUUUUUUGGGAAAAAGGUUAGCGUAUCCGGUUGUUGAAUCGUAUGUGAAGAAUGCAUGGGCUCAAUAUGGUAUUAAGCGUGUUAUGAUGAAUUCUAAGGGUUUUUUCUUCUUUAAGUUUGAAACAAAGGAUGGAAUGGAUAAAGUGUUACAGCAAGGUCCAUGGUUAAUUCGCUUGAAUAUUGCUGACGUCACUAAGGUUCCUAUUUGGAUUCAGUUACAUAAUGUUCCAUUAGAUGCGUUUACGGAAUAUGGACUUAGUAUGUUGGCUACUAAACUAGGUAAGCCGAUUGCUUUGCAUCAGUACACAAGCUCUAUGUGUACUGAGUCUUGGGGUCGUAGUAGUUUUGCUCGUGCAUUGAUUGAAUUGGAGGCAAGUAAUGAAAUUAAGGACGAAUUGGUUGUAGGGAUUCCUAGUUUGGAAGAUGAUGGGGUUACUAGAGUGGUUAUUAAGGUAGAAUAUCAAUGGAAACCACCGCAUUGUGAAACUUGUAAGGUGUUUAAUCAUUCUAAUGAUCAAUGCCCAAUAUUGGUGAAAAAGACCCCGCCAGCCGAGCCUAAUAAAGACAAGGAUGGUUUUAUUACUGUCAUGCAUAAGAAAGGAAAAAGAGUUCAGGAACCACAAGUGGGUGGUGGUUUUAAAGUGCCAAAAAAACCUGUUUUUCAAUAUAGGCCGAAGCAAGUGAAUGUUGGGAAUGGGAGAGGAUCCCAGGGGGAGGCGCAUAAGUCAGCUAAGGUUGUCAAUAAAGAAGGUGCUAGUACGUCCAAUGCCAACGUUAGUACUAGUAAUGUAUUCUCUGUAUUAGGUGAUGGUGAAGGAAGUGAUUCGGGAAAGUUGGGGGAUCCAGGUGGCCCGAUGCAAAGGAAAGCUGCAUUAUAUGAUGAGGAGAGUGAUGAUGAUGUUGAGACAAUCUAUGAUGAAACUGUCGAGUUCAUGGCAUCUGAUCAGCAAAAAGGGGCAAGCACUCCUUCUUCAUCGGUUAAUAAUGUAUAA